UAUUCUCCACUUUAAGUCACCAAGUCCAUCCUACCUCCACAAGGCAAAUACCCUUUCUCUGCUACCAUCCACUGAAGAACCCCAGAAGCAAAUGUGUACUGACCCUGCCCUGCUUAAAAUUCUCUCAGGGAUCUGAUUUGCGUCAGGAUAAAAUCCAAACGCCAUUGGCCUUGCGCGGUUUUCUUCCAGUUCCUGAGUGCCACUCUUCUGGCCGAUCUGAAAGCCCUGGGGCUCCAAGCUGCCCACGGCUGUGGAGCCUAGGCUUGAGCCCACAGCGGACGGCAGUGUUAGGAUUAUUACAAUAAAUGUCAAAGCAAGAAAAACGUUCCGGCCAGUUAGGUUUUGUUAUUUCAAAAGCAACAAAAUAAGUGAACCGCCUUUCCUCCGGCGGAGACACGCAAGCGACAAGGGCGGCGCCUGACCUGGCAGGCUCUAGGUGUUACGCCAGGGCCCCAAGGCGUCCAAAUUCGGCUUGCCCACACAAAACAUGGCGGCAGGAGAGCAGCGUUUCCGCCGGGCAUGUCCACAUCCUACGGGGCCCAUGGGAGAGGCGUAGUCUUCUGUGUCUUGCCCAGACUCAACAUGGCGGCUACAAGGCGCCUGAACUAGUCUGCGAAGCCUACCCCAGGCGUGGGCCGCAGCGUCGACUAACGUCAUUCGAACCCCGUCGCACCCCUUUGUGCGUCACGGGUGGCGGGCGCGGGAAGGGGAUUUGGAUUGUUGCGCCUCUGCUCUGGAGAAAGUGCUGUCUGGCUCCAACUCCAGUUCCUGUCCUUGACCAGCGCCUGCAACCUAACCCUUCCUACUCUGUCACCUUCUUGAUCCCGCCGGCGCUUUAGAGCCGCAGUCCAGUCUCCGAUCCUUCAGAGCCUCAUCCACUAGCUGCGAUGCAUGUGAUCAAGCGAGAUGGCCGCCAAGAGCGAGUCAUGUUUGACAAAAUUACAUCUCGAAUCCAGAAGCUUUGUUAUGGACUCAAUAUGGAUUUUGUUGAUCCUAUGUGAUGGAAGACCUCUAUAACUACAUAAAUCCACAUAAUGGCAAACACUCUCCUAUGGUGGCCAAGUCAACAUUGGAUAUUGUUUUGGCUAAUAAAGAUCGCCUGAAUUCUGCCAUUAUCUAUGACCGAGAUUUCUCUUACAAUUACUUUGGCUUUAAGACGCUAGAGCGGUCUUAUUUGUUGAAGAUCAAUGGAAAAGUGGCUGAAAGACCACAACAUAUGUUGAUGAGAGUAUCUGUUGGGAUCCACAAAGAAGACAUUGAUGCAGCAAUUGAAACAUAUAAUCUUCUUUCUGAGAGGUGGUUUACUCAUGCUUCUCCCACUCUCUUCAAUGCUGGUACCAACCGCCCACAACUUUCUAGCUGUUUUCUUCUGAGUAUGAAAGAUGACAGCAUUGAAGGCAUUUAUGAUACUCUAAAGCAGUGUGCAUUGAUUUCUAAGUCUGCUGGAGGAAUUGGUGUUGCUGUGAGUUGUAUUCGGGCUACUGGCAGCUACAUUGCUGGGACUAACGGCAAUUCCAAUGGCCUUGUACCAAUGCUGAGAGUAUAUAACAACACAGCUCGAUAUGUGGAUCAAGGUGGGAACAAGCGUCCUGGGGCAUUUGCUAUUUACCUGGAGCCUUGGCAUUUAGACAUCUUUGAAUUCCUUGAUUUAAAGAAGAACACAGGAAAGGAGGAGCAGCGUGCCAGAGAUCUUUUCUUUGCUCUUUGGAUUCCGGAUCUCUUCAUGAAACGAGUAGAGACUAAUCAGGACUGGUCUUUGAUGUGUCCAAAUGAGUGUCCUGGUCUGGAUGAGGUUUGGGGAGAAGAAUUUGAGAAACUAUAUGAAAGUUAUGAGAAACAAGGUCGUGUCCGCAAAGUUGUAAAAGCUCAGCAGCUUUGGUAUGCCAUCAUUGAGUCUCAAACAGAAACAGGCACCCCAUAUAUGCUCUACAAAGAUUCCUGUAAUCGAAAGAGCAACCAGCAGAACCUGGGAACCAUCAAAUGCAGCAACCUGUGCACAGAAAUAGUGGAGUACACCAGCAAAGAUGAGGUUGCUGUUUGUAAUUUGGCUUCCCUGGCCCUGAAUAUGUAUGUCACAUCAGAACACACAUAUGACUUUAAGAAGUUGGCUGAAGUCACUAAAGUCGUUGUCCGAAACUUGAAUAAAAUUAUUGAUAUAAACUACUAUCCUGUACCAGAGGCAUGCCUAUCAAAUAAACGUCAUCGCCCCAUUGGAAUUGGGGUACAAGGUCUGGCAGAUGCUUUUAUCCUGAUGAGAUACCCUUUUGAGAGUGCAGAAGCCCAAUUACUAAAUAAGCAGAUCUUUGAAACUAUUUAUUAUGGCGCCCUGGAAGCCAGCUGUGACCUUGCCAAGGAGCAGGGCCCAUACGAAACCUAUGAGGGCUCUCCAGUUAGCAAAGGAAUUCUUCAGUAUGAUAUGUGGAAUGUUACUCCUACAGACCUAUGGGACUGGAACCUUCUCAAGGAGAACAUUGCAAAGUAUGGUAUAAGAAACAGUUUACUUAUUGCCCCGAUGCCUACAGCUUCCACUGCUCAGAUCCUGGGGAAUAAUGAGUCCAUUGAACCUUACACCAGCAACAUCUAUACUCGCAGAGUCUUGUCAGGAGAAUUUCAGAUUGUAAAUCCUCACUUAUUGAAAGAUCUUACUGAGCGGGGCCUAUGGCAUGAAGAGAUGAAAAACCAGAUUAUUGCAUGCAAUGGCUCUAUUCAGAGCAUACCAGAAAUUCCUGAUGACCUGAAGCAACUUUAUAAAACUGUGUGGGAAAUCUCUCAGAAAACCGUUCUCAAGAUGGCAGCUGAGAGAGGUGCUUUCAUUGAUCAAAGCCAAUCUUUGAAUAUCCACAUUGCUGAGCCUAACUAUGGCAAACUCACUAGUAUGCACUUCUAUGGCUGGAAGCAGGGUUUGAAGACUGGGAUGUAUUAUUUAAGGACAAGACCAGCGGCUAAUCCAAUCCAGUUCACUCUAAAUAAGGAGAAGCUAAAAGAUAAGGAAAAGAUAUCAAAGGAGGAAGAAGAGAAGGAGAGGAACACAGCAGCCAUGGUGUGCUCUUUGGAGAAUAGAGAUGAAUGUCUGAUGUGUGGAUCCUGAGGAAAGGCUUGGAAGAGACCAGCAAGUCUUCAGUAGCCAAACUACUUCUUGAGCAUAGAUAGGUGUAGUGGAUUUUGCUUGAGGUGGUAAGGCUUUGCUGGACCCUGUUGAAGGCAAAAGGAAUAAUUGAUUUAAAGUACUGUUACGAUGAUAAUGAUUUUUUUUUUUAAACUCAUAUAUUGGAAUUUUCACCAAAAUGAUGCUUUUGAAAAAAAGGAAAAAAAAAAAACAGAUAUAUUGGGAAUCAAAGUAGAAGUUUUAGGAAUGCAAUAAGUCUUCUUGCAUACGGGGAGUGAUUAAGUAAAGUUUCAUCACCCCUUUAGCACUGAUUUUCUGAUGACUUCAGUUUUGUUAAGGAGAUUUAGUUUUACUGCUUUGACUGGUGGGUCUCUAGAAGCAAAACUGAGUGAUAACUCUUGAGAAGUACUGAUAGGACCUUUAUUUGGAUAUGGUCCUAUAGGUUAUUCUGAAAUAAAGCUAAACAUUUCUAAGUGA